UCGUUUUUGGAAAAGCUCAGCACGAACCGAUCAGAACUGAAGGGUUUUCUUUUGCUUUUCCGAAGCUCCGGCACUUCUGCUCUUGUUUUUGUUUUGUUUUCUACGUAAACCUCUGGCCCACUCUCAAAAGGCAAGAUGUCCAGUCAUGUCCCGGCGGAUAUGAUUAACUUACGCCUCAUCUUGGUGAGUGGAAAGACGAAAGAGUUCCUCUUCUCCCCCAACGACUCCGCCUCCGACAUCGCAAAGCACGUGUAUGACAACUGGCCCAUGGACUGGGAAGAAGAGCAGGUCAGUAGCCCAAACAUUCUGCGACUCAUUUAUCAAGGCCGAUUCCUCCACGGAAAUGUCACCCUAGGAGCAUUAAAACUUCCUUUUGGCAAAACCACAGUGAUGCAUUUGGUGGCCAGGGAGACCCUGCCAGAGCCCAACUCACAAGGUCAGAGGAACCGGGAGAAGACGGGUGAGAGUAACUGCUGUGUGAUCCUGUAGCGCGUCGCAGCAUGUGUGUCGGUCUGUUGAUGCUGCUUAGACCCAGGAGAUUCAACAGUUUCCGACACCUGUAGGACAGUCGCCUGUACAUCCAUGGGACUGAAUUGCUCAUGCACUGUCAUCUCUUCUCACAAAGUAAAAAGAACCGAGACCACUUCUGCUCUGGCCCUUUUAUUCCUUGGAUCGCUCUUGUGUGUGAGCAGGUGAAGUGCGCGGUGGUGUCCGGGGGGAGCAGCACGUCUGCUGCCACAGACUCGCCACAGACUCCUCCACGCAAGUCAGAAAGCGAGCGUUGCAAGGACAAUUUGCACUAAAAAAAAAAAAAAAAAGGUUAUUAUUUUCCUCAUCAGCAGACUCUGCAAGCAUUUGUGGUGCCCAGAAGUGCUGUGUGC